AUGGCAAAGGACGAAAAAAGCAGCGCCAAGAAGUCUAGGCGGGAUAGAAAUCGUGACAAGGCUAAGCCUCCAACAAAGAAUCUAAAAAAGAAAUACUCAUUUCAGAUCGUCAUACGUCACCUACCACCGACCAUGACUGAGGAGGAGUUCCUCAAACAAAUUGAUCCACUGCCGGAACAUGAUUUCUAUUAUUUCGCAGCCGCAGAUUGGUCCCUUGGCUUCGAUGCCACUUGUCGAGCCUAUAUCACGCUGAAAAAUUACGAAGAUGUCUUUCUGUUUCGUGACCGCUUUGAUGGUUAUGUCUUUGUCGACAACAAGGGUAAUGAAUAUGCAGCCAUUGUGGAGUUCGCACCCUUUCAAGGGUUCCUAAAGAACAAAUCACGCAAUAGUGAUAGUAAGGUGAAUACCAUCGAACAGGAGCUACACUAUCAACAAUUUCUCAAGAAACUGGAAGAAGAUCGUGAGGCGGCUGCCAAGGGUGGUGAAAGUAAAUUGGAAUUUUCUUUGGAUUCGAAAAAAGAGGAAAUUACUUCCACACCUUUGUUGCAAUAUCUGGCUAGUAAGAAGGAAAAACGCCGCGAGGAAUCUAAAAAACGUACCGCCGAAAAGAAGAAACGUCGCGAGGAGGAGAAAGAAAAAAGGAAGCAGGUUACCCCUGCACCAAGUCAACCGUUGAAAGUUUUAACUUCGGAUAAUGCCAGUAAAGUGCCAGAGAAGACGACGGACCAAAAGCCCGCUCAAAAUCGUGAAGAACCGAAAAAUGCUCGGGCCCGCCGCAGAGAAGAACGUAAUCGUUUGCGCCAUGAGGCCUACUUGCAAAAGAAAAAAGCCCAAAAGGAAAUGCAAAGUAAUAAUAAAGAUAAUGAUGGAGUGGCGGCAACUACAUCAUCGACUGCAGAGAAAGAAGAUGCCUCACAAGGUAAAAAAAUGGAGGAAGGAAAGUCACAACAGGAGAGUGAACCUAAACCAUCUCCAUCUACUUCCUCCUCGGCAGAACCCAAUAAGCCCAUUGAAAUCUUAAAGAAAUCGAAAGCAGUUGAUAUGUUAACCGAAUCGGUGAGGAAUUUCAUUAUCACCGCAGCCACAACUCUGACUGUGCCGCCUGGGGGAUCAUCGGCGGGUGAUGAAAAUGAAAAAUCGAAAGAUGACAUAGACAAAUCAUUGGAAUCUGCAUCUAAUAAAUCCGAUGUUUCACAAGUCAAAGCUGCCACUGGGGAAUUAGAUAAUGAAAGUAAAGAAUUUUUGGCUUCUCUUACAGAGAAGCAGCGAGAGGAACGUCGUGAGGAAAGACGUAUUCGUAAUAAGGACCGUCCAUCGAUUGCCAUAUAUCAGCCCAAGCCACGUUUGCGGUUAUCCGAAGAAAGUGAUUCAAAUUCUACAUCCAAGGAUGUACGCAGUCUUUCACAAUCCGACUGUGAGAAUGGUAAAAAAGAUGAACCCCCUAGGCAUAAGAAAGUGCAACGUUAUUCCGAACGUUCGAAGAAUCGUAGGAAAUCGACAACAAAAGAUGCCGGUAGUGAGGAUGAUCAUCCAACAAAUGCAUAA